AUGGAAACUAUACAUGGUAGUUUGGCAUCAGGAAUAAUUAAUGCGAGCGCAUCAAUGGUUCUUGCUGAUGAGAAGUUGGAAAGAAGCGAGGAAAUAGGAGAUGAAGAUAACCGAACAAACAACGAACUUCUUGAAGAGGUUCUUCGUCAGUUGUCACGCAAGAAAUACGAUGAAGUGCAUGACCUGCUGAUUGCUGCAGCCGAUAAUUUUGCGGAUAUAUAUCGAGAACUGUUUCGAGCAGUCAUCGAGGAAUACGACAAGGAUUUCACCGAAAGUGGUAUUUCCGAUCCUAUUUUGGAAAACGUUUUGAUAUUAUUGAAAUCAUAUGGAACUACCAAAGACAAACUGGCUGUCCUACUUGAGUGCUCGGAUUUGGUCAAUUCAUGGAAAGCAUUUAUGCUGCUUGGAAGCUUUUUGGAAGAAAUGAUGCCAGAGAUGAAGGAUUUCAGCGAGCAUUUCAUCCGCGACAUCAGGGGAAUUUAUCUUCCGUCAUGGAUUGAACGUUUCGAGAAAAAUGUCGUGUUAAAUCAUUCAGACGAGCAAUUAAACAGGGAAUAUUUUUCGAAUCUAGAAGCCGAUUAUUUGGAUGAGAACUACAAUCCGGCAUUGCCAGAUGCAUCUUCUGAUCUUUUUUAG